UGGAGGCUAGCCAGGGAAGAAGCAUGGCCAGUCUUGGUGCGAAAGUAAAAUGUUACCGGGUGGAUUCUGAAAUGUUACGCCCGGUGUGUAACUUUGUGAUUUAUCUGUUUAUGGUGGUGGUGGUUGUUGUUGAGGCCCUGUAGGAUGACCGAGAACAAGGAGGAGCUACAAAGGAACCAAAGCGGAUUAUUUGCGGACGAGAACCAAGGCAGGAAUCCGUCUCCCAUGGCGAUGGACGAGCACCCCGCCGUCGUCGUAGCCUCCCAAGAUAGCGCGCAGUAUGACCGGCUGAAAUAUUCCGACCCGGAAACGCUACUACGACAUCUGUACAACACGUGUAUGAGAAACGUCGUCAACAGCAGCGGCAGCGGCGAGAAGUUUCCUGUUGAGCAAGCCGCAGAACUGAAAAGCAUCAGUCCGAAUGCCCAACAUCAGCUACAAGAGCAACAGACGCAACUGUUCUGCCCCCGUCGCUUCGAUGGGUGGACCUGUUGGGAUUCCCAACCAGCCGGUACGGUCGCCCAAAACUAUUGUCCCAACUUUGUCCGCGGGUUCGAUGCCAACCGCUUGGCCUACCGGAUCUGCCAUCCCAAUGGAUCGUGGUUUAUCCAUCCGGAUUCGAACCGGGAGUGGUCCAACUACACCAACUGCGUUGACCUGGAGGAUAUGAAGUUCCGCCGGUUGGUGAACGACCUGUACAUCGGUGGCUACACCAUCUCGCUCGUAACGCUCAUCGUAUCGCUGUGUGUCUUCUUUAGCUUUAGGACUCUGAAAUGUACUCGCAUACGCAUUCACAUCAACUUGUUCAUCUCGUUGGCGCUGAGCUGCUUCUUUUGGAUCGUCUGGUACAAGUUCGUCGUCGAAGAUCCGGAUGUGACCAACAAGGGUGGGAACUGGUGCAUCGCGCUACACAUCCUGCUGCAUUACCUGAUGCUGGUAAACUAUUUCUGGAUGUUCUGCGAGGGACUCCAUCUUCAUCUGGUGUUAGUGAUUGUUUUCAUCAAAGAUGCAAUAGCAAUGCGUUGGUUUUUCACCGUCGGUUGGAUUCUUCCGGUGGCGCUCAUAUCAAUCUAUGCAACCGUGCGGAAUAAGUACACGCUCGACACGGAACACUGCUGGAUGAACGAAAGUCACGCGAUGUGGUUGCUGACGAUUCCAGUGUGCUUCUCACUCAUUACCUCGCUCGUGUUCCUCGUCAACGUGGUCCGAGUUCUGCUGACCAAGCUGAACUCCACCUCGCCCAAUCCGGCCCCACUCGGUCUGAAGAAAGCCACUCGAGCGACACUGAUUUUGAUUCCGCUGUUUGGUCUGCAACACAUCCUGCUGCCGUUCCGUCCGGACAAGGGAUGCGAGCUGGAACGCUACUAUCAGGUGGUGUCGGCGGUGCUGAUUAGCCUGCAGGGUGCGUGCGUUUCCUGUUUGUUCUGUUUCGCCAACCACGACGUGAUUUUUGCCAUCAAAUGUCAGCUGAGCCGGUGCUUCCCGGAGCUGGUGCACCAUCCGUUCCGCGAGAGCUACAACGGGGGCCAACCGGCGACGCAGAGCCGCGAUAUGGUCGUAUGACUGUUGGGCUUCCGGCGCGGAACGAAGACGACCGGAAGUCACGAGGUUAUCGGCGAUUGCAUCGAGGGAGGGGUUUAGACGGUGACGCGGGGAUUCAAUGUACAAAACUGAACAAAUAAACCAAAUAUUUUGUGGGUGUUAUCUGUGGAACGGGAGACCUAUUCGAGAGGAAGAGAUCCUAUAUUUUCGAUGUGUUGAUCGGAUAGAUGUGGUUUUAUGCUAAUGGUGAAUUUUAUCGAAAUCGUUGAACCUGUAGUAGUGAAUGAAAAUUGUGCCAAAUUUAAAUUGAAGAGAUAAACCCAUCCAA